AUGAUCAAUACACCGGCUCCAGUCGUGGUACAGCCAUCCCUGUGGGCUGGGAAUGAUGGGAACUGGUCGACGUUCCUGCUUGGUGUGGGCUCGCCUGCGCAAUACUUCGGAGUCCUGCCUUCUGUACUCAGCAGUGAGGUAUGGAUCCCAGUCCCAGAAGGCUGUACCUGGAUCCCGUCGUCUGUUUUGCCCAAUUGUGGAGCGACAAGAGGUGCGCUGGACUCUGGGAGCUUGGGAUUUCAAACGAACAGGUCGACCACAUGGUCGCAAAUCGGCCUUCAGUAUCUUGGUACAGGACAGAAUUUGUACGGACCUACAACGCAGGCUGGUCUCUUCGGCUUCGACACGGUCAGCUUUGGUCCGGACCUGGCUGGCUAUAGAAUACCAGAUCAACUCAUCGCUGGUAUCGCCACGCAAGACUAUUGGCUAGGCAGCUUAGGUCUUGCAACCAAUCCUUCUGGCUUUGAGACGGUCGUUGAGAAUGUGUCCAGCUUGGUGCCUUCGGUGAAGCAGGCGAACGAUUCACCGAGCCUGUCUUUUGGGUAUGCUGCUGGAGCUUCGUAUAGGUCUGAUGUCGGAAGUCUCAUAUUGGGUGGCUACGACGAGUCCGCCUUCGAGCCAAGUGGCCUGGCUUUUCCGAUCAAUAGCGAUGUCAACCAUGCACUCUCUGUGAUGGUGGAAAGCAUCGUGGUGACUGGCACCCUCGCCGGGGUAAAUGGAGCCCUUGCGGGAACAGCUUCGGUGCCUGUUGGAUCUGGCCUGAACAUGACAAUCGACUCAAGUACAUCUCAGCUUUGGUUGCCCAGAACCGUCUGCGACUUUCUUGAAGAGAGCUUUGGUCUUCAAUAUGACCGAGCGUCUGGACUGUACACCGUCAACAACACCAUACACUCGAGGUUGCUCCAGAGCAAUCCGCAAUUCACCUUCACCAUCGCGCCCAAUUCUUCUUCAACGGCCUCGACGAACAUCAUUCUCCCAUACGCAGCGUUUGACCUGCAAGCAACAAUCCCCAUCUUCAAUACUAGCACGAAUUACUUCCCAAUUCGCCGCGCCGCGAAUGAAUCGCAGUUUGUGCUUGGGCGGACGUUCUUGCAAGAGGCCUAUCUUGUCGUUGACUGGGAGCUGGGCAACUUCACACUAGGCCAGGCCGUACAUGAAAAGGCCAAGCCUCGUGUUGUGCCUAUUGUGCAUCGUCAACAAGAUCCCAAGGCCACGAGUGGGUUGAGCGCUGGCACUAUUGCUGGCAUCGUCAUCGGAGUGCUUGUUGUGUUAGCGGCAAUAGUUUUAGCCAUUUGGUACUUCCGAAGGAGGAAGCAGAAACAGUCCAGGCUCACAGAAGCUGGCACCACGGAAAAGAUCGAAGAGCCUCUUGAGUGGGACGAGGACAAGAAAGGUCCAGCAGAGCUGUUCCAAGAUGACAAAAAGGCUCCGACAGAGCUGUGGCAUGAGAGUACUCAUCCAUCAGAGGCACAGUCUCAAGAGUUGCUUGAGCUGCAUGGGCAUUCGACCAAGCAGAUGCUGAUGUCGACUCAGCUGUACGAGUUGGAUGCCGGAACUGCUGGGCAAGAACUGCAGGCCAGCACUGAUAGGCCGCGUACUGGAAGAUGA